AGAGUGAACAAGAGCUAAAAGGUGAAGAAAUGGAAUUGUUCACAAAAUAUUACAUGGAAUGGAAAGGAGGAAGAAAAAGUGGCAAUACGUCAUAUAUGAACAUACCACGAUUUUACUACAGGCUGCCAGCUGAAGAUGAAGUCUUGCUUCAGAAAUUAAGAGAAGAAUCUAGAGCAGUUUUUCUGCAAAGAAAAAGUAGAGAACUGUUGGAUAAUGAAGAGCUGCAGAACCUAUGGUUUCUACUGGACAAACAUCAGACAUCACCAGUGAUUGGGGAAGAAGCAAUGAUCAACUAUGAGAACUUCUUGAAAGUUGGUGAAAAAGCUGGACCUAAAUGCAAGCAGUUCUUCACAGCUAAGAUCUUUGCUAAAUUACUCCAUAAUGAUGCUUAUGGGAGGAUAUCUAUCAUGCAGUUUUUCAAUUAUGUCAUGCGAAAAGUAUGGCUUCAUCAGACAAGAAUAGGUCUCAGUUUAUAUGAUGUGGCAGGACAGGGCUACCUCAGAGAAUCAGAUUUAGAAAACUAUAUUUUGGAGCUCAUCCCUACGUUGCCACAACUGGAUGGUUUAGAAAAAUCUUUUUACUCUUUCUAUGUCUGCACAGCAGUUAGAAAGUUCUUCUUCUUCCUGGAUCCUCUCAGAACAGGGAAGAUAAAGAUACAGGAUAUUUUAGCUUGCAGCUUCCUGGAUGACUUACUAGAGUUAAGGGAUGAAGAACUUUCUAAGGAAAGUCAGGAAUCAAAUUGGUUUUCUGCUCCUUCUGCAUUAAGAGUUUAUGGCCAGUACUUAAACCUCGAUAAAGAUCAUAAUGGCAUGCUUAGCAAAGAAGAACUGUCCCGGUAUGGAACAGGGACUCUGACCAACAUAUUUUUGGAUCGUGUCUUUCAGGAAUGCUUAACUUAUGAUGGUGAAAUGGACUAUAAAACCUACCUGGACUUUGUGCUUGCAUUAGAAAACAGAAAGGAGCCUGCAGCUCUGCAAUAUAUUUUCAAACUGCUUGAUACAGAGAACAAAGGAUACCUGAAUGUCUUUUCCCUUAAUUAUUUCUUUAGGGCUAUUCAGGAACAAAUGAAAAUCCAUGGACAAGAACCAGUUUCUUUUCAGGAUGUCAAGGAUGAAAUCUUUGAUAUGGUGAAGCCUAAGGAUCCUUACAAAAUCUCCCUUCAAGACUUAAUCAAUAGCAGUCAAGGAGACACUGUUACCAGCAUUCUAAUUGAUCUAAAUGGGUUCUGGACAUAUGAAAACAGAGAGGUUCUUGUGGCGAGUGAUAAUGACAACAUUGCUGACGUUGAUGAUACGUGACUUUGAACAGGAGCAGGCUGUAUUCAUAGAGAUAUCUCGAGCUGAUGCGCCAAUAGUUGGAAGCUGGUAACAUUCAUUAUCUGAAUCAAUGCCUCUUCCAUUUUACUUCACUCCUCUUGCACCCCCAUACAGUAUAAAAUGUGGUACAUAAAGGAAUUGCAGAACUAAGUUCUGAAACCAAAAAAGCUAGUGUUGAGGUUAAAAUUAUUUUUUUAAUAAAUAUUUUUUGACUU